AGGCCUCCCGCUGGUGCCAGAGUGCCGACAGCCGCAAAGCCGAAGGGGGCGCGCCGGCGGUUCAAAGGGGGUGCUCGGCGCCGCUGCUGGCAUGGGCUGCGGGGCCGUCGGCCGGGGGCCGACGGUCGGCGGGCCGUCGCCGCCCCGCACGAAGGCGCCCGCCGUGCCCGAGGACACGCAGGGCGCCUGGCGCACGGCGGUGGCCGCGUACUACGACUUCAACGGGUCCACAUACGGGUCUGAGUUCAUCGAGGUCCGCAAGGGGGACCUGCUUGUCAGGGGUCACCACCCCUACGAGAAGAACGGCUGGGUGUACGCCGCGGUCUUGGCCGCGACGUGGUCGGACGGAGACUCGUGGGCCCUGCCACGGCUGAACUGCCACGGCUGGGUGCCGGAGUGGCUGCUGGAGCCCCCCCUCGAGGCAAAGGCGCUGCCGCAUCCCUCCGGGGCUCUGCGCGCGGCCGGCUCCCUGGCCCCGGCCUGCAGCUGCGCCUCCGACCGCCCCCUCCCGCCGGACGCGCCCCGCGGAACCGCCUCCCGGGCCGAGCCGGCCGCGAAGCCCGCGCCUCCGAUGCCGCCGCAGCGGCCGCCGAGCGCGGCGGCCCCGCAGCCGCCGGCCACCGCCCCGACGCCGCUGUCCCCGCAGCCGCCCGCCGCCGUGGCCCCCGAGCCGCCCGCUACCAGCCCGGCACUGCUCCACGGUGCUCAGCUGCUGAGCUUGCCGGGGGCCAUGGUGGCCGACGCGCCGCUCGGGGCCACGCUGCCGCUGGCGCCUCUGGGCGCCGACGGGGCGGUGCUGGACCUGACGGGGGAGGCGGAGGCGGUGCUGGACCUGACCUGCGACAAGGAGGCGCCCUGCGAGUACGCGGCCGCGUGGCUGUCGGCGUGCAGGGAGCUCUCCCCCGCGGCUCCGUGCUCGGAGGUGCCCUGGACGCCUGGCCGCAAGGAGGAGGCGCUGGCCGGGGCGGCGCCCAGAAGCCCGCGGGCGUCGGCCGUCCACGAGGUGCUCCAGCGGCUCGGCCAGGUGAAGUACGGGGAGCUCGUGAGGCUGAAGGGGGGGCACUGCAAUCAGAAGGGCCAGAUGAAGGCUCGCACGUUGAAAGUCUGGAGUUUCAGCGCGGAGGUGCUGAGGAGGGUGGGCAGUUUAGACGAGGUGCUGGAGAUGGCCCAGAUGGCGCAGGGUGACGACGGGAGCGCGGCGCAGGCAGACUUGGCGGACGUGGCAGAGCAGGCCGCUGGCCAGAGGAAUCUGAGAAGGCUCCACACGAUACUCCACAAGUGUACCCCGAAGCCACCGGCCCCCGUCAGGAUUCUGACCGGCCCCGCCACGUGGCUGCCGCGCUUCGACCCGGAGCAUCACAAGCGACGAGCAGGGGCGCAUUCAGAAUUUGUGACCUGCGUGACGGACAGGUGUGGCCCCCUGCGGGCGGCGGUAGCAGAGACGUUGGUGCCGACGAUUGACGCGGUCUUGGCGCCGCGGCACCAGGUAUGCAACUCGUCCCAGGCGCUAGGUGCUGCCCCGCAGAGGUUCAUGGGCGGCGAGACGACGCCGUUGCGCAAGCCGAAGGGUGGCGGAAGCUCGGCGGCGAACGACUACAGGGCCAUCGAUCGAAUUGGCCACGUGGGCAUAGCGCUCGCGAGGGUGACCGCGCCAGGCGCGAGAGUGGGGGCAAAGGAGAGCCUCGGCCUCUCCGUCGCGUUCCACGACCGCUCGGCGGCGAACCUAGCGGCGGCGCAGGAGGCCCAGGAGCUCCAGGCUAUCAAGACAAAGGGAGAGGCGAGCGACAUCGUGGGUCUGCUGGGCAAUUCAUUGGCGAGGCUGGUGCCACGGCGCGAGGACACCGCAAGGGCGCCGCGCCGCGACGGCAACUUCGCCAUCCCGCCCAACCGCACAAGUGGUGGCGGCGGCAGAGUGGAGCCGCAGGCGGCGAAGCAGGCGAUCGAGGUGGUACUCGGAAUUGGCAAGCUGGUGCAGGACCCAUCGGUGCAGUUCGUGGCCACGAGGUUCUUCCGCGUGAUUGUCAAGGACGGGGCGGCCGGCGACGAGGCCGGCGAUGCGGUCAGCCGGGAGUGGUGCCGGGAGUGGUGGCUCCGCAUCCUGCGCAGCCCGGACGUGAACGUCCAGCUGCUCGGCGUCGAGGCGUCCCCCGCAGCGGCGGGCGGCGACUGCGCCGCCGUCGUGCGGGCCGAGCUCGCAGAGCUCGCGCGCAACGGCGAGGCGCUGGUGCGGAGGGCCUCCCUGCGCUCGCUCGUCCUGGUGUCGCCCAGGGGCGACACCGGCGUGAUCCAGGCCCUGGCGGGCGCCCUGGAGGACCCGGUCGUCGAGGUCCGGGCGAGCGCCAUGGAGAUGCUGCCCAAGGUGGCCGACAAGGGCGACUCCGCGCUCCUGGCGGCCGUCGCGGUGCGGCCGCACCCGCUGUCCUUCGUGCGCUGGUCCGCGAUCCAGGUGCUGCCGCGGCUCGCCGAGGCGGGCGACCCCGUCCUCGUCGCCGCGGUGUCCGCCCGGCUGAAGAGCUCGGAGGCGCAUGCACGGCAGGCCGCGGUGGAGUUGUUGCCCACCGUCUCGCAUCACGACGACCAGAGCGUCCUGGCGGCCAUCGCUCACCUUCUCGCGGAUGAGGACGCUGGAGUGCGCCGUGCUGCGGUGCAGGCCAUGACGCGGUUGCCCCGCCUGCGGGACGAGCGCCUGCCCAAGCUGCUGUCGGGCAUCCUGGAUCACCCGGACGAGCGCGUCCAGUGGGCGGCCAUCGAGGCCAUGAUGCAGGCGGCGCCCGAGCCCGACGAGUUCCUUAUGACGGCCGUUGCCAGGUGGCUCCGAGACCGGACCCGGGCGGUGCGCAAGUCGGCGGAGCCCGCGGAGCUCGACGCCCCGACGCGGCCCAUGCUGAUGUAGGCCUGCCCCGAGCCGCGGCCCGCCGCGCGGAGGCCUCUCGGGGCCUUCGGAUUUUCAGGCCCCGCCUUGUGUGGGCCGCGGGCUGCGCGCUCUGUCGAGGACGGCGCCUCGUGUGCACGCAGAACAAUCUGCUUGUCUGCGAUAGCGAUAUACUUUUAUUUUCUUUGUCGGCCUGCCCCGCAGUCCGUAUCAUUGGAUCUGCGGCGUUGCCUGUGAAUAGUCACGCGGCUACGCCCGAGAGUGCCCAGGGAUGCCCGUGAUGCCGGGGUUAUGGCACUUUGUAUGUUUCGCCCGCCGUGGGCUGUCGGCGCCAAUCCGGCAUCGGGUCGGUCCUUGUUUCAGUUGUGAUUCCCGGGCCGCAGGCCUGCUCGUCGGCUCGCGCAGUGGCAAGCUGGUCUCGUGUGGUUCUCUUGGUCUGCCUGGCGCUCUCGCUCAGGCCGUGUGCCCGGGCGAUGACCGCCUGGUGUUUCCCCACCUUGCUCACGAUUGCCUGCAUUUGGUACGCGCAUCCGCAAUCGCUUUGCGCAGCUUACUAGGCAUGUGCUGUCUCAUCCCGCUCAUGAUGCACGUUCCUUGGGGCUGCAGGAGCCUAGUGAUUGACUCGGCUUGACCUUGACCUUGGGCUUGGCCUCUUGCAGUGGCCGUCGCAGGUUUCACCAUGUGGUCUGUGCUCGCUCCUUGCUGUAUCUCGGCGGCAACCGAGCAUCUGCCUGGCCCCAGCGCCCCCUGCCGGGGCUUUUUGAGGGGGCCGUCCCGCGGGACGCCUCCUCUCCGCUGCCUGCCCUCUGCUGCCGUGGACCUGCCCGGCCGGCGCCCUCGUGCGCAGGAACAAGCAGGGGGCCAUGCGCGGGGCGGCGGCGGGGGCGCGGAGACGGGCGCGCUCUGGGCCCCCCUCCCUCGCGGGCACCGGCUGUCGAGGACGCCCCCCUGCCAGAAGCGCCCCGAGAGGGCUGUGGGGCGCUCGCGUGCCGGCGUCCAGGGAGCGCCCCCGUGGUCUGCCGCCGAAGGAGGGAGUCCUUCCUGCGGUAGCAGAUCGCCGGGAGCCCUGCGUGGCCCUCGCGAUUCCGUCCUGAGAGGGUGGGCAAAAUAGCACUGCAGCCUCUCAUGAGUUGCCGCAGAGCCCUCCCCCCGCUCUCUCAACAUUUGCCACGGUCUCCUGCAGAGGCGCCCCGCCGCCUUGCCUCUGCAGAGCACCAGCAGCACCACACCGACGCACCCGAGCGCCGACGGCCGCGAUACGCGAUACCCUGCCGCAGCCGAAGACCCGCGCAGCCCAGGUCUC